AUGUGGUUUAUCAAUCUCGUUUUGCUUGUGGUGAAACUGGCUGUAUGCGCAGACGGAUUUUCUACUUGUCAGUCCUAUGAUCUGGAUGAGCACAAAUCGAAGAGAAUCGAGGCAGUACGUGGACAGAUUCUGAGUAAACUACGCAUUCGAAGUCCACCCGACCCUACCUCGAGUCAUUCGCCGGAAUCCGUACCUUUUGAAGUGAUGCUACUAUACAACAGCACCCGGGAACUUCUAAAAGAACGUGCGCGCCAGGAUUCUGCUUGCGACAGAGCGGAAAGUAGCGAGGAGGAUUAUUACGCAAAAGAGGUGCAACGAGUGGAUAUGCUGCCUCAGCGCGCAGACACAAAUGUUAUCAACCCUAUUCCACCGAGUCCAUACUACAGAGUGGUGAGAUUUGACGUCAGCAACGUAGAUAAAAAUUCUAGCACACUGUUCAAAGCCGAGUUUCGGAUCUUCAGAGUACCGAAUCCGCAGGCUCGAACCACGGAACAGAGAAUCGAGAUAUAUCAGAUUUUAAAACCUGAUGAUGUAACGGCUCCCUCACAGAGGUACAUCGACUCCAGAAUAGUGCAGCCCCAAGCCAAAGGGGCGUGGCUGUCUGUUGAUGUGACAGAAACUGUGAAAGAAUGGAUGGCCCAUAGAGAGAAGAACUUAGGGCUGAAGCUCAGUGUUCACUGUCCCUGCUGUACUUUUGUUCCCUCUACGAACAAUAUUGUUCCUAACAAAAGCGAGGAGUUGGAGGCACGCUUUGCAGGGCUUGAUGAUGACUUAAUUAAGAAGAAUAAGAGACCAGGACAGACUAAAGGUCAGAUUGAGUUCAGCACUAAGACGCCCCACCUCAUUCUCACACUAUUGCCCACUGACCGUCUGGAAAACCCCGUGAAGAAACAUCGCAAGAAAAGAGCAGCAGCAGAUGCUACUACAUGCUCCCGAAACACAGAUCAGGGCUGUUGUUUGAGAUCUCUGUACAUUGAUUUCCGAAGGGACCUGAACUGGAAGUGGAUCCAUGAACCUAAAGGCUACAAAGCCAACUUCUGUGCAGGGAACUGCCCUUACCUGUGGAGUGCAGACAAUCACUACAACAUGAUCCUGCCGCUCUAUAACAAAAUGAACCCAGAGGCAUCUGCCUCACCCUGCUGUGUGCCACAGGAUCUGGAGCCUCUAACCAUUGUUUAUUUCCUGGGUCGGACUCCACGAGUGGAGCAACUGUCAAACAUGGUGGUCAAAUCCUGCAAGUGUCGCUGA